CUGCAAACUUAGAUUUAGGUUUUCUGUUUCCAACUUCAUCUUCUUGCUUUCCCUGCUCAUCCUUCUUCUUUCUUUUUCUUAUUCUUUCUCUCUCAAAACCCAGAUCUGGGUUUUUCUCGGAUCAUGUUGAUUCCAAACUCCAGUUUGGUGAGAAGGAAAAAUGGCAGGCAGAUUAAGCAACGUCGCAUCACGGAUCAUGGGAGGAAAUGGAGUUGUUUCCUACUCCGUGGCUUACUCUCUUCGCCUCCGCUCUGGCAUGGGCCUGCCCGUCGGCAAGCCCAUCGUCGUCGACGAGGACCUCAAGUUCGUCGACAAGAAUCGUGACUAUGCCGACUUCGUCUCUCGCCUGGACACCGAAUCCAUUACCAAAUUUGGGUUUGAGAGAGGAAGAAGAAGAGAGAAGAGAGAGAGAGAAAGAAUAAGAAAAAGAAAGAAGAAGGAUGAGCAAGGAAAGGAAGAAGAUGAAGUUGGAGAAAGAAAACCCAGAUCUGGGUUUGCAGAGGUAAGGGAAAAAGGAAGGUAAAGGAGAGAGAAUGUGAAAGAGGUAGAAGAGAUUUUUUUUUUGGUGACCUGGAUGAAAAAAAAAAGAGAUCAUUAUUUUUAAAUUAAAUAAAAAUGUCAUCUCAUA